UUUUCGUCGGUAAAGAAGUUGAAGGCAGUCUAGAAGAGAACAUCGCAUGCAGAACAUUUGAAGAUGUUGCAAAACAAAUGAAAUACGAAAAACUAUUGCAUUAAUUCACAUUAAUUUCCGUUAUUAGUUAUUUCGGGUGCUUCUAGUCACAAGAUUUAAUUAUACAGUUUUUUUCUUUAAAAUUACUGAAAAAUUUUUCGUUAAUUCUUUCAUUACCAUGGCCAAGGGUAAAGGUGGAAACAAUAAAGGCGGAAAUCAGAAACAAGGAAAUUCCGGAGGAGGGAAAGGAUCAUCAGGAGGCGCUUCUGGUGGAAAAAGUACACAAUCAAAAUCAAAUGAACCUGCCGACGCUGGAAAGAAAGGCGCAAAAAAAGGUGGAAAAAAGUGACUUAAUUCCAGUCAUAAAAUAUUUAUCAAAUUUACGUAUUAAUUCUUAUAUUUCAUUAUUCAAUAUUAAUUACAUUCUGUUUAGGUCCUUUAUGACCCAGUACAAUUUCUGUUAUUAUAUAUAAAUGUUUUUAAUUUAAUAAAAUUAUCAUAAAAUAUAA